UUCAGACCGAAAGACUCCUUGUGGAUCUCGUUGACAGCGACUAGAAAUUAUAAUUUGCCAGUGCGUUCUUUGAGAUUUCAGUGAUGAACUCAGUCCAGGUUUAUUUAACGCGUCUUGUCUCGUUUUUAUCCGUUAUAUUGCCGUGAAUUAUGAAUUUCUCACCGGGUUACCUCUUUAUUCGUUUGGUCCUGUCGCUGGAUAACUUUGGAUGCAAUGGGAAUAUGAAUACGUGCGCUGUGGUCUGAAGCAGCAGCAGACUCCGAGUCGAUCUACUGUAGUAGCCUUGAUGGAAACCAUGUCGCCACAGCAGGGAACUAUCGGACAGAAUAGGUCUGGCUCUUUGACAGGGGACAGCAAGCUCUGCGCGCUGCCAGACAGCAAAAAGAAGAUGAAGACCCUGGCCCAUCGACGACAGUCUGCCCCCUCCCUGGUCAUCAGCAAAGCACUUACCAAAUCACGAAGCAUGUCCAGGGAGAACUGCCUGUCUCCGGUCAGCCCAGAGACGUGUCCCCUGGUGCAGGCGUUCCUCUCCCCAGGCAGGGUGUUCCUGGCCCACGCCCACACCCAGCUGAAGACUGGCCUGCAGACGCAGGAGAGACACCUCUUCCUCUUCACUGACACACUCCUCAUCGCCAAGGCCAAGUCAUCCACACACUUUAAACUGAAGGCUCAGGUGCGAUUGUGUGAGAUGUGGACAGCAGGCUGUAUGGAGGAGGUGUGUGAGGGCAGCACCAGUCUAGACAGGAGCUUUGUCAUGGGCUGGCCUACCUUCAACUGUGUCGCCACAUUCAGUUCUGUGGAGCACAAGGAGAAGUGGCUUUUUCUCAUCAAAAGUCGAAUAAACGAAGAGAAAGAGAAGGAUGACCCCAAGACCAUUCCUCUGAAGAUAUUUGCAAAGGACAUUGGGAAUUGUGCUUAUGCUAAGACUCUAGCUGUAAGUAAUUCAGACAGCACCACUGAUGUCAUCCAAAUGGCACUACAGCAGUUUGGCAUUUCGGGCUGUGUGAAAGACCACCAGUUGUGGGUGAGCUCCAUUAAAGAUGACUCCCCCUACCCGCUCAUUGGGCACGAGUUUCCUUUCAGUAUCAAGAUGAGUCACAUUCGGGAUGGAGGAGGUGGUGGAGGGAAGGAUGCAGUUCCUUCUCCAGAGGGCCAGGGGGCGAUGCUGCUGGACCAGUGUCUCCCUCCAGACACCCAGUGCCAGUUCAUCCUCAAGUCCAGCCGGGUGGGUCCCAAACAGGCUCUGCUCUUAGAGCCAGGCCAGAAAUCCUUUAAGAGGAAGAGGCCGUUGAUUAACUGGGCCUUCUGGAGGGGUUCCAGUAGCCAGCUGGACAGUGUCCCCCUGUCCCCCACCUGCCUGUCCCCUACCCUGGGAUGCCUGUUCGGACGGUCUCUCAGUUCCAUCUGCCCUCCUGACCACACCCUGCCCAAACCUGUCAUGGACAUGCUGGUGUUUCUAUACCAGGAGGGUCCAUACACCAGGGGUAUAUUCCGUCGCUCUGCAGGAGCCAAAGCCUGCAGAGAGCUGAGAGACAGACUGGACAAUGGGACAGAGGACACACACACACUCACACAUGAGUCUGUGUUUGUCACUGCUGCAGUCUUCAAGGACUUCCUGCGGAACAUUCCGGGCAGUCUGCUGUGUGUGAAUCUGUAUGAGCAGUGGGUUGCAGUGAUGGCGCAAGAGGAGGAAGAGCAGAGGAUGCAAGCCAUCCACAGGUUGGUCCAUCUUCUGCCCAGUGAGAACCUGUUGCUACUCAGACAUGUGGUUGCCAUGCUCCACUGUAUCCAAGACAACGCAGGCGACAACCAGAUGAAUGCCUUCAACCUGUCAGUGUGCAUCGCUCCCAGCAUGCUGUGGACCCUGUCCCCCUGUAGCCCAGAGGGGGAGGCAACCAAGAAGGUCUGUGAGCUUGUUCGGUUCCUGAUUGAGAACUGCAGGAAGGUCUUGGGAGAUGACGUCCCCUCUCUGUUUAGUGGAUUCCCUCAGAAGAGCAAUAGCAGCGACCAUGGAUCAGACGUGUCCUCUUUCCAGAUGAAUGACUCAUCCUAUGACAGUCUGGAGAAUGAGUUAAACGAGGACCCAGAGUCGCCCUUCCAGGAGUCCCACCCUCUGAGAGACAAGGCCAAGCCUGACAGCUGCAGCAGAGACUCUGUCAUCACCCUGAGUGACUGUGAACCCGACCCUGACCCUGAGGCUGAGGCUGACCUCCUACAUAUUCCCCCACUUGCCAGACCCAGAAAGUUCACCCCCGCCCUACGGCAACCACGCCCACGCCAGUGCUAUGUCCAAUCACAGGGCCCUAGGAGGUUACGACGCAGCUCAGAGCCUGCCAUCGGACACACCCCCGGAGCUCUGUUCAUCCAAUCGGAUAAGCACCAUUUGGCGUCUCGUAAAGGGAGCUAUGACGCGGCGAUGGAGGGAGAGGAAGAGGAGGAGGAGGAUGAAGUGUUUCAGGGGCUUAGGGCUCUGCAGCUGAAAGACAAAGUGAUCGCAGGUGGAGAAAGAGGAGGGGUUGGAACUCUCGGGCAGAGGAAACUGAAACACACCCCACCCUCUACUUUACGACUGGACGCCAGCUGCUCUAGCCUGUCCUCCCCAGCAACCUCCCCCACAGGCUCCUCCCUUAGCUCCUUAGACUCCGCCUUCUCCCAAUAUUCCACAGACUAUGUCACCAGUGCCGGCUUCCUGUUGGCUGAGUCUUCCCGCUCCCCCCUUUCACCCCGCUCCCCCAAGUGCUCACCCCCGAAGAGAGAUACAGUGGACUGGAGUGAAAGCCAGCCCCCUCAUUCCUCCCGGACACCCUCUACCCACCACGGAUUGCAUCCCAACACCUGGCUCAAGAGGAACCUCCGACUGUCACUACGGCAACCCGACAAUGGACACCUGGAGGAGGAAGUGGGGAAGGGGAAAGGGGUUAGCCUCCCAAAAGCCUCAGAGGGUAAAGGUGUAGAGGUGACCACCAAGAGGAGGUCCAGCAGCCCUCCAUCAUACCAGCAGGCUAUCCUACAGCUGCAGAAGAGUAGGUCUCCCUUCUACAGAGGCACAGAGAAACCCCUUACUGUCAGAGAGCUACAGUUGCUGCACGACCAGGCUUGCAAUGCCACCCACAGACCCCCCACAGGACGUGACGUCACCCAGCGGCCCACUGGAACAGGAAGUGAGGUCAUCCAGCCUCCCCAGGAUGUGUUCUAUGGACAGAGUGGCUCAACACUAACCCUCCAGAGGCAGAAGUCUCACUCCCUCACCCUGGCCAUGGAGGCUGGCCGCAAGGUCCUCACCCUGCCUCGCAGAGCCUCUGAGCCCUCCAUGGUGACAGAUGCAGCCUCCAUCCUCACCCUGGAAAGGCCCUUGGUCAAGUCCCAGACCCACGGGGUCAAAGGUCAGCAGCUCCCUGAGAGCGGACUUAGAGUGUCUGACAUUGAGCCACAGCGCAACGGAGCAGGCCCAAACUCAGAGCCACGCUUCUGCCUCUCUCCCUCCGCCACGCGGGCAGUAAGGGACUACUUUUCCUCACAGGAGCGGGCGGAUUCAGGCGCGUGCCUGCAGAGGAGUCAGGAGGUCGCUCUGGCCCUUGUCCAGGGGAAGAGGGAGUGGCAAAGCAGGAAGUGUAGCGACCCUUGCGUGGACGACUUUGACCAAAUGUUCUUUGCAGAGGAGUCUUACGUUUAAAAUGACUUUUUAGAGACUCUGGGCUUGUUUUAUAUGGCUAAUCAAUGUUUGUAGCAUAACAUUUUUAUGUUGUCAUAUAUGUACAGUUAUUUUCCCUUGGUUAUGGUAGAUGCAGUUGUUUGGUUGUGCUGGAGCUUUUCUUCCAUAUCUCUGGUAAUCAACAACAGGUAUAGGUCUAUAUUUAUGUUCAUAUGCUUUGAUAUAGUGUCGUGCGAGCUGUAAGAAAUCAAAUGUGUAUUUUUGUACAUGAUGCCAAUACUGCUGCUGUCCUAUAGAGUAUAUUUGCUACAGAAUGCACCAUUUGUAUUUUAUGUACGCACAUGUUACUGCCAAAUAAAGGAAACACUUGAUGAAAUGAGAGAUGCAAAGUAUAUUGAAAGCAGGUGCUUUCACACAGGUGUGGUCCCUGGGUUAAUUAAGCAAUUAACAUCCCAUCAUGCUUAGGGUGAUGUAUAUAAAUGCCCAGUUGCCCAUUAUUUUGGCUACCAUGGCUAUAAGAAGAGAUCUCAGUGACUUUGAAAGAGGGGUCUCAAAGGAGCUUAGUGUGUCUCAGUCACCAGAUCUCAACCCAGUUGAACACUUGUGGGAGAUUCUGAAGCGGUGGCCAUCAACAAAACACCAAAUGAUGGAAUAUCUCAUGGAAAAAUGGUGUCACAUCCCUCCAAUAUAGUUCCAGACACUUGUAGAAUCUAUGCCAAGGUGCAAUGAAACUGUUCUGGUAGCUUGUGGUGCCCCAACACCCUAUUAAGACACUUUAUGCUGGUAUUUUGGCAGUUACCUGUAUAUCUGAUGUCUAAUGCUUAUGAAAAUGAAUGAUCAGGAUUUGUGACAAAACAAGCAACUAUAUCGUAGAGAAUCAAUGUACCACCACUGUGAAAUAUAUUUUCCUUGGCCAAAAAUAUUGUAUUUUCAGCUGUUUGAAGCUAGUGUACAAAACCGAAAGAUGCAAAAACAAAACUUAAGAACGGGAGGCAUAGAAAUAGCGCACAUAGAACAGAUCUACAGCUUCUUAGACUUGAUUUCAAUGAGAAUGACAGAUCUAUAACACACAUUUCUAUGAUCACUUGGUCAUGUCACCCAAAAAGUGACAGAUUGCAGCUUUAAAGGUUGCAUUCUGUUCAUAACACAUAUUGUGUCUGUGUCUCACUACUCACAUACACUGAGUAUACCAAACAUUAGGAACACCUUCCUAAUAUUGAGCUGCACCCCCAUCUCCCUCAGAACAGCCUCAAUUUGUCAGGGCAUGGACUAUACAGGCUACUGAACGCAUUCCACAGGGAUGCUGGCCCAUGUUGACUCCAACGCUUCCCACAGCUGUGUCAAGUUGGCUGGAUGUCCCUUGGGUGGUGGGCCAUUCUUGAUACACAUGGGAAACUGUUGAGUGUGGGAAACCCAGCAGCAUUGUAGUUCUUGACAAGUUACAUAUUGCAGCUUUAACUAUAUAACUAACUAUUUAGCAGUCUUAUGGCUUGGGGGUAGAAGCUGUUCAAGGUCCUGUUGGUUCCAGACUUGGUGCAUCAGAAUCGCAUGCGGUGCGGUAGCACAAAGAACAGUCUGACUUGGGUGGCUGGAGUUUUUGUAAAUAAAAAAAAAGGCAAACAUU